CAGGGUUCAAAGAUUCAUCGGAUGAUUCAUCAGCUGUCACGUGGAGGAUCUGUGAGCGCAAUGCAGAGUCCAGACAUGAACGGAUACACCGGAGUCACAGCGCAGUCCUCACAGAUGAACGGUCAUGGCUCACUGUCUCCAGAUGUUCCUGCCAAAAGGUCGGGUGGUAAAGCUCUGUACGAACAUAGGAAGAACUACACCAAAAACAGCAUCAACAGCCUGACGGACACGUCACAGUACCAUGUGGAGCAUCUGUCCACGUUUGUGAUGGACCGCAAGGAGGCCAUGCUGACCAUCGAGGACGGCAUCAGAAAGCUGCGUCUGCUGGACGCUAAAGGAAAGGUUUGGACGCAGGACAUGAUCCUGCAGGUGGACGGGAAAGCCGUCAGCCUCAUCGACCACGACAGCAAGAACGAGCUGGAGAACUUUCCUCUGGGCUCGAUCCAGCACUGUCAGGCCGUGAUGAACGCCUGCAGCUACGACUCCAUCCUGGCGCUGGUGUGUAAGGAGUCCAGCCAGGGCAAACCGGACCUGCACCUGUUCCAGUGCGACGACAUCAAGGCCAAUUUGAUCCACGUGGACAUCGAGAGCGCCGUCAGCGACCACAAGGACGGGAAGGUCAAGAAGCGUCCGGAGGUGCUGAAAAUGAUUCUGAAGAGUGACGGAACUAUCCCUCCGCCCCCAGGAGGCCCCGCCCCCAAGCCUCCAGGAGCUGUCAAUCAAGCGUCCGCCAAGAGCCGAGUGGCCAGUUGGUCUGCGUGGACCAAUGAGCAGCAGGAGCAUGAUCCACAGAGACAUUACACAGAGCUGGAAGACUCUCCUGAGAUGAGCGCAGCGCAAGUGGACAGAGAUGUGCAAAUCCUCAAUCACAUUCUGGACGACAUCGAACACUUCGUCACCAAACUGCAGAAAGCCGCCGAGGCCUUUAAUGAGCUCUCCAAACGCAAGAAAAACAAGAAGAGCAAAAAGAGAGGACCGGGAGAGGGGGUUUUGACGCUGAGAGCUAAACCUCCGUCUCAGGACGAGUUUAUCGACUGUUUCCAGAAGUUCAAACACGCCUUCAACCUGCUGGGGAAGUUGAAGAACCACAUUCAGAACCCCAGCGCUGUAGAUCUGGUCCACUUCCUGUUCAAUCCUCUCAGACUGGUGAUCCAGACGUCUGGAGGGGUGGAUCUGGCUAAAAGCGUUAUCGUUCCUCUCCUCACCAGAGAAGCCAUUGACUUCCUGCACGCAGCGGGUUCGGCGGAGGAGAGACACCUGUGGGUCACGCUGGGAGACGGAUGGACCAAAUGCAGGUUGGAGUGGCCGAAGGAUCACCCGUUUCCUCCGCACACGCUGUGUUUCCGGGACGGCUGGGAGCCGCCGGUGCUGGUGUCUCGUGAGCAAGACGUGGCUCAGCUGGCGGAGAGGCUCGGCGCGGCGCAGACCGAGGUUCAGAGACCUGUGGACCAGCCGGUGGUCCAGGACUUCCCCGGCGCAGACGGGUACGGCUACAGUAACACUUCUUACAAGCGUUUGCACCUGCUGGAGCCAGACAUGGCCGUGGCUGCUUUUAAACACGCGGUCAGCCGUCAUGUAGAUAGGAACCUGGAGGCUCACGGCCGGACGCAGAGAAACUUUGCCAAAUCCAGAUAUGACUUUGUGGCCAGAAACAACACUGAACUGUGUGUGAUGAAAGACGAGGUGGUGGAGGUGCUGGAUGACAGGAAGCAGUGGUGGAAGGUGCGUAACGGGAUGGGCGCUUCGGGAUACGUGCCAAACAACAUUCUGGAGAUCAGCAGAGCGGUGGACGUGACGGGCCGCGGGGAGCCCAUCUACAGCCACACCAUACAGCUAAUGAUGCCAAAAAAGGAAUUUGAGUUGUUUAAGCAAUUACUGGUCGAGUUAAACGAGAAGCAGCGCUCAGAUUACGUGCCCAAACCGGCGGUGAAAACAUGUAAUACUUUCUCAAUGGCACACACACCUGCAGCAUUAUUCAUGUGUCUCUCAGGCCGAAAGUCCAACAUGGAGGAGGUUCAAGACGAGCUGAUGCACAGACUGACUCUGGGCCGCAGCGCUCAGAAGAAGUUCCAGGCUCCGUCUCGCUCCAGCAGCCUGCCGGCGGUCAACAUCACGUACGACUCCACGCCGGACGAGGUGAAAGCCUGGCUGCAGCUCAAAGGCUUCAGCGAAGUGACCAUCAACAGUCUGGGUGUGCUGACCGGUGCUCAGCUCUUCUCUCUGAACAAAGACGAGCUGAAGACCGUCUGUCCUGAUGACGGCGCUCGAGUCUACAGCCAGAUCACCGUCCAGAAAGCUGCUCUCGAGAGGAGCUCCGGCUCGGAGCUGCAGGAGAUCAUGAGGAGGCGGCAGGAGAAGCUGGCGGUGGCGGCCAGCGAUUCCGGCGUGGAGUCCUUCGACGAGGGGAGCAACCACUGACCCCUCACUCACCUCUGUCACCUCUGACCUUUUACAGGACGCCGUGGAGCGCGCUCAGUUUGCCGCCAUAAUGCGCCGUCGUCAGGAACUCUUGGACCCGUCCGAUAACGGAACCGGAUCGGACG